AUGGAGGACAUGGGCAAGUCUUUAGGGUUUACAGUGAAGGAAGUAAGUGGGUGGUUCAAGAGGAGAAGAAGUAGAGGAAAAGGCAUGAUAUCGCCGGCGGAUGAUGUGGUGGGAGCAGGGAAUCCUCAGUCAUACAAUACAUCUCGCAUUAGGAGUUCCAGAUGUGAUUUUAGAGCAGGUGUUAAGAAAAGAUCUAGUGUUGAGACAAGGAAGGCCAAUUGCCAAGAGUUGUUUACUUCACAACACAUUUUGGCCAAGAUCUUUCGAAAGGAUGGUCCGCCGCUUGGUUCUGAGUUUGACCAUCUCUCGUCUGGAGCACGCAAAGCUUCUUGGCUAGGCACUUCAUCUGUCGAGCAACAGAAACAGAGAAUGACAAGAAAGAGAAAGGUAGUGGAUAUAUCUUAUGUGUUGUUUCAUAAGAUUUCUGAGCUGAUGGAUCAUACCAGUCAAGAUUGCGUUCAAGAGAAUGCUACUGUGAUGAAACAUGGUAUUGGAAAGGGUUUGAUGACAGUAUGGCGGAAGCAGAAACUGUUGCAGAAGAGGUCGACAGAAAAGAAGAGGCGUUCUAUAAAUAGAGAGGUGGAAUUGAACAAAGAUGAAACUCAAAGGGAAUUUAAAGAAAACUGUGAGCUUGCCGUGGAUAGGGAGGUAUUUAAAGAAACCUGCCAAACAACUUCGAUACUAGUGGAUGACGAGGAAUUAGAGAUGCGUGAGCGACAGGAGAGAGGAAAUCCGUUGACUUGUUCAUGCCAUCAUUCUAGUAGUGGAUCUCAUGGUUGUUUUCUUUGCAAAGAUUUAUUGCCCAAGUUUCCCCCAAAUUCUGUUCAAAUGAGGGUGCCUUUUGGUUUGCAUCCAUGGAAUUCUUUUCCAGAGACUGUAAAGAAACUGUUUAAGGUUGUCCAUUUCCUUUAUACUUAUUCAGUUACUCUUGAUAUAUGUCCUUUUACACUCGAUGAGUUCACGCGGGCAUUUCACGAUAAGGUUGAGAGCCAAAUUCUUAUUCUUGAUCUGUGGAAGGAUUCAUUAAAUUCUCUUACAUGGACGGAAAUACUGCGCCAGAUAUUGGUUGCCGCUGGUUAUGGUUCAGUGAAGGGUGCUGUUCAAUCAGAAGAACUAAGUAAGGAAAGGAGACUCAUGAAAAAUUAUGGCCUUCAUAUUGGAACGUUAAAGGGUGAAUUAUUUAGAGUGCUUAAUAAGCAAGGCAAUAAUGGCUUGAAAAUAUCCGAGUUAGCCAAUUCUCCAGAGGUUGCUGGUCUUAACCUUGCAACUGCCCAAGAAGAACAAGAGAAUUCAAUAUGUUCAACUCUG